GGGGACGCUGUUGCUUUAAGAGUGCCAGUGAAAGAGGGGCCACUGGAAACCGCUCAGCGGCAGCGGGGAUGGGGACACGCAGCCGGCUAGGCGAGUGAAGGGGGAGCCGCGGUGGGCGCCCUGCCCCCGACGUGGCUGACCGGCAGGGCAUCGGCGGGGACGGGCUGGCACCCGGCCAUCGCCGAGGCGCAGGGUGACGGGGCCGGGGGAAGGACAGAGCGUGAGAGGGAGACGGGCGGUUCUUCCCGGACUCCGGUCGGCAGGAGGGUGGCGAUGGUUAGAUCCGGGGACGCUCCCCGCUUGUGUGCCGCUAGCCUCCGGGUGCCAGGGAAGGGGGCGUUUCUAAACCCACCCGAGCAGCGAGGGGGCAGGUGAGCGCGUAGGGGACAGAGGAGAGGGGAUCUUGGCGGAUUCAGCUCAGUCGGGGAUGACGCCGCACGUGCCCUGAAAGUGCCGUGAGGAGACGGGGCGGCUGACAACCUGUUGGGGCCGGGGCUGGCGGAAGAGGAUCGGUUGCUGUCCGAGAACUUGGAGGGGGCCGAAUCGGCUGUCCCCGUCGCUCUUAAGAAGGCCACCGAGAGGGUCGUGCCGAGGUGGAUUCGGACUCCGAUCCCCGGUCGCUCCCCCUCCGAGGAGAUGGAGAACGGAAGAUUAUCUGGUCCGGAGCAGGAGCUGAUCCGGGAGAGCUGGCGGAGCGUGAACAGUAACCCCCUGGAGCACGGCAUGAUUCUGUUUACCAGGUUGUUUGAUCUGGAGCCAGACCUGCUGCCCCUGUUCCAGUACAACUGCAGACAGUUCUCCAGCCCCCGGGACUGCCUCGCCUCCCCCGAGUUCCUGGAUCACAUCCGAAAGGUCAUGCUGGUCAUCGACGCUGCCGUGAUCCACCUGGAUGACUUGUCUUCUCUGGAGGAAUAUCUCACCAACCUGGGCAGGAAGCACAAGGCCAUCGGGGUCAAGCUCAGCUCCUUUUCGACGGUGGGCGAGUCCCUGCUGUUCAUGCUGGAGAAAUGCCUGGGCCCCGCCUUCAGCCCUGCCACACGGGAGGCCUGGACCCGGCUCUACGCGGCCGUGGUGCAUGCCAUGAGUCGUGGCUGGGGCGGGGAGUAGAACCCAGCACCCCCUCUCCCCCAGCUUCCCCAGCUCUGCUCUCAGCCCCACACACCCCGCCUCAGUUGGAUGUGCCUCCCCAUCCUUCCUAGGAUAGACCACCCUGGGUUCCCUUCCCCCACCACCCCCAACCUUUGCCAUGAAUGCCUCCAUCAAAGGGGCUCUAGCCGACACCACCACUCCCCUUCUCCUAUGUCCCUCCUAUCCUGGCCUGCCAUGCACCUAAGGCUGCACAGACCCAAAGCAGGAGAUGGGUGGAGGAGAAGUGCAUUCUCCUCCAAGGAGGGAGGUCUGGGGCUGUGCCGCUCAGCUCCCCGUUAGGUCCUGGCCGGAUCGCUCGGGUUUAGGCCCUCUCUCGGUCUGCGCUGAAGCUCAGUGAUAGCUGCUGCCUUUAAUUUCUGACCCGGGGGGAGCGGGGGAUACUCAGACACGAAUCAGAACCAGAGAGAUGGGACCAGGCCUGAGGGUGGGGAACGGGGCCACCCCGGGCAGUCCCUAGAUCAGGAAGAUCCCUGACCCCCAUCCAGGGCAUUCAUUUAUGGUGCCCCUCACCACCACCACACCACCACCUCCUCCUCCUCCUCGAGCUUUUUACCCUUUCUUGUCAUUCCUUUUUCGCUCUUCCUUCCUUCUUCAGGGGCAGGAAGCACCAGCCCUGACUUAUGCUCCUGCUUGGCCUGGAAUAGGGCUUAUAAGGGAGGUUUCCACAGAGAAUGAGGGGGAGCCCCCAUCAGCCUCUCUGCCCAUCCUCCUGUCUCAGCUGCUGCAGAUGCAACAGGGACAAAGGGAAUGGCCCCUCUGGCGCAGGGAGAAGGGAAGGGAGACUCUGCCUGCAGGCCAUGAAUGGGAACUUGGGGGUGGUGGGGAGUGCCAGUUUUCCUGCCCGCCCUUGAGCCGGCAUCCCCAUCCCUCCUCCUGCCACCAUAGCUUUGACGUCUGCUGUGUGCCAUGGUCGCAUCAACCCUCUGCCAAAUAAAGCAGCUCUCUGUGUGCACCUCA